CACAGCUGCCUUCCGAUUUGGCCACACGACAUUUCAACCCUUCAUGUUCCGCCUUGACGAGGAAUACAAGGAGCACAAAGAUUACCCCAGCCCACCACUGCACAAGUCCUUAUUCACACCAUGGAGGAUCAUCUUUGAAGGUGGUGUGGACCCAGUCCUGAGGGGGCUGGUGGGUCGCCAGGCCAAGCUGAACUCACAGGACCACAUGAUGUCUGAUGAGAUGAGGGAGAAGUUGUUUAAAUUCUCCUCCAAGUUGGCACAAGAUCUGUCUUCUCUCAACAUGCAGAGAGGCAGAGACCAUGGACUUCCAGGUAUUUACUGA